ACCUCCAGGUCUGGGUAACCCCAGACUCUAGGCUGUUCUGUUCCUGGGCACAGCUUUCUUUCCCCAGUGAUGCAACCCUUUGCAACAGACCACAGGUCAGUCGUGUUCCUGUUAUCGAGCACAGAGAGGCUUGCGGCUCGGUCUCUCCAGGAAUUCUGACGCACUGCAAGACCCUGUGGUUGGAAUGCCUCUUUCCUCAUAAAAGCCCCUGGCCUCAGAAAAGGAAGAUUUCUCAGGUGACUAACAUGUGAGCUAGGGCUUCCCAGGACCUAGCCACCCGGUUACAUGAAACAACCAGCAGAGAUCAACUUCAGCUCAAGUUAUUUGGGGGGCAGAGAAUAGGACCCCAUAAUUACCCUCAGCUCCCCAACUUCUCCUCCCCCGGGUAAGCAUAGAGAGUAAGAGGGAAAAUGCAAACAGAACACUUGCCGGCCUUUUUCCCACUUCCAACCAGACUGCCACCCCAAGUCUCCCCUGUCAGUUCUGGAGCCCCUAACGCUGCCCCAAAUCUAGAGCUCUUGAUGACAUCGAUGGGUGAGGGCCUGGAGGCCAGGGGCUCUGUGACUCUAUAAGCUGCUCCCGCUGUUCUUCCCCGCAAACACUACACUUCAGCUCUGCUUUGCCUAAACCCCUUUCACUAUGGUGGAGCUCCUCUUCUUUCCUCCUCCUCUACCUGUCCUAUCUGGCUCCCCUGGCUGUUCCCCCAAGCCUGAGGAGGGUGCCCCUGCUCUGCACUCCCACAGAACCCUGUGCUUCCUUUAUCCGUGCACAUAUCACCCUGCGAUGUAGUUUUCCAGGGAUGUGAACACUAAGCCGUGAGGACAAGGACACACCUGCCCCGCUUACCUCUGUCCCCUCAGGAUCUAACAUCGCACCUGGCAGUGGUGGUGGGGUGGGGGGGGGGAGGCGGGAAGUCUUCGUGGAGCGGAUGCACAUUAGGUUUUGUUAGGAUUGUUAGUUGUCACAAGGGACCAAACCCCACCUUGAACUUGCUGGCAGCUUCUACCAUUUGGCUGCUGUGAGAGCCAGAGGAACUGCUUCUCUUCCUGAGGUUCAGCUUGAACAAUACCACGAGGAGUCCCACGUCCCAGGCACUGUGGCUGAGGAUGUGGUAAGGUGGCUGGGCUGGGAAGAGCAGGGGCAGCUCAGCAUCAUGAGGCGAGGAGCCUGGCAGGCAAAACCUCAGGCGCUACGGAGGUGCGGACUCCCGUGGAGGAGCUUCGUGAACUGCAGUGUCCCCGGCAGACGUGGGAAUGACUUCCCAUUUGUCAGCCGGUGCCUUGCUGGAGUCUGAUCCCUGCAUUUUCAUUUUGAUCGACUCCUCAGCUCCCUUUUGUGUUGCUUGUUGGCUUUUAUAGGAUUGUAUAAUUGAAGGCUUUGGUUGCAGGAGGCAGAGGUAGCUGCCCACCACAGGUCCAGUCAGCCAAGGCCUGGGGACCGAGUCAGGUGCAUUUAUCCGUGACUGGCCCCCAGGGUUGUGGCAGCGGUGAUGGGGGUAGUUCCCAGAAGAGUGGAUCAUGGGGUUAAGUGGCAUCUGCGGAUCUUGACCUUGACUGAUGUAAACUUGUGGGUUUCAAUGUGUGACCACUUAUGAAUGUCAUGCUGGGAGACUUAUUCUUUUAUACAGAUGUAUGAGUGGUGUGUUUGUGUAUGAGAGAGAGGGAGAGAGAGAGAGGCACCAGGUACAUGAGUGGCGGCUUCCCAUCUAUUCCUUUACUCAUUUGUCCACGUGGCAGGUUGUGUGUGGAGAGUCAGGGAUAUGAUGGUGACCAGAACAGACACAAUCCUUGCUGUGACCUGCCAGGGAGGUAGAUGUCACACAGAGGAUCAUGCGAAUGAAAUGUCUGAGCUAAGAUCUUAAGGGUGAGGGUAGUCUGCAAGACAGCGGAAUGGGGCAGGGAAGGGUGUUCCGUGCAGAGCCGAGGUGGAGCCUAUGUCAAAGCCCCGAGGCAGGAGGAAGAGGUGAUAUUGAGAAAUCAAGAGGCCUGUGUUGCUAGAGUUCAGGGAAUAAGGGGGUUGUUUUGCAAGCGGAGCCUGGAGCUGGGUUUUGUAGACUCUCAGAGAUCCUGCAAGGACAAGCAUUUAUCUAAGAUCAUGGGAAACAGAUCAAUGCCGGCUCUUUUCACAACUCCGCUCCAUUGCUCUGCCUCACGUACCUAAACUCACAGGAAGCAGGAUGCCCCCUCAGUGCCUCUUUCCCCUGGCUGCAGUGAGGGGGGUCUCUGAUGCUCCUAGUCUUCCCACGGUGCACUGGGAUGCUGCCAUUGAGCCCAGAGUAUGGCUUCCCCUUGGGGCCUUGGCAUCUCUCCUGCCAGGUGACCUCACCUGCAGCUGUCUCAGUCUGAAGGAUCUAAAUAACAUCAAACCUCAGCAUUUCAUCCCUCCAUUCCUGAUGCCUGCUCUCCUUGUCACCUCUGUCCUCCACCCUGUCUUCUCUCUGUCCCCCACCCCCUUCUUGUUGUUCAGCAGGCUGGCCCUAGGCAGGUCAGUGCUAGAGUGAGUGCUCAGUCACUGUUGCUGGAGGUGGAGUAGCUCUGUGUUGUUCAGAAGCGGCCCCCCUCCACCCCCAAGGGUGCCCAGCCCGCAGGAAUUCCCAAGGUCUCAAAGGCCAGCCCUUUCCAGAAAUGCAGUCUUCCCCAUCUCCGGGACUUUUUUGGCCCCGAGCUUCUCAGGUGAUCUGAGUGAGCCAGGCCAGGCCACUGGUCCCUUAGAUCUUUGCAGCUUUGGAAGAGAGGUGGCAAGCCUGGAGAGGAGACUUCUGGAGCGGGCCAGGCUAGGAGGUUGGAGAUGCCCACAUCCUGGAUGUGGCCCGAGUCAGGCCUGGCCAGGGAAUGCCUGCCUUGUGCGCCGACCAACAUGCCAUCCCCGGCCCUAAUUGGCAGCCUAGUUUAUCAUCUCCUUACUGCCCCAAGCCUGGCCAGGCCCUUAGCUCCCCAGGGAGGAAUCAGACCCAUGCUCUGCAGGAAUAAUAACUAAUGCUUAGAUAAUGCUUCCUGUGUUCUAAGCACCUACGGCUUGUUAGCUCAGUCCUCACAACCACCCCACAAGCUGGGUAGCAGUCUUGCGCUCAAUUUACAGAUGUUUCCAAGGUCACAUGGAUGUAGUGUGUGAGGCCAGGACCUGAGGCCCCGGACACCAGAACCUGCCUCACAGAGUGGUUGUCCCGAUGUAGUAACAGACAUGCAGACCAAUGUGACAAGAUGGUGUGCGCAGGCAGGUUCCCCAGCUGCCCCAAUGCCCAACUUCCCAGGUUUACAAAAUUUAGUUCCUGAUUUGUUUGCAAAUGGGCAUUUCUCUACAAAAGUUGCUUCAGAAAUUCCCAGCCCAAACUCAGAGGCCUUGGCAUUAUAGCUGAUGAGCCAAGGCUGCAGAGAACAGGAAGUGAAGGCCUUGUGGGAAGUCCCUGUGGUCAGGGGUCCCCAGGAAAGGGCAUCCUGCCCACCUCUGGCUCUCUGCACCUCCCAGCCAACUUCAGGCCCUGUGCGCUGAGUGGAGGGACCCUGGGAACGAGCCCAGACCCCAGAGACAAGGUUAGGGGAAAGCGAAGCCCUCCACUAGACCCCUCUUGAGACCCCUUCUGCAAGUAAGCAUGGUCUUUCCUUCUCCAAUAGAAGAGACAGGUGCUAUUGAAGGUGGCCAGGAGGCUGGCCUGCUCCUUCACUCUCCCCUUCCCCUGUGCCCUAAGGCCCUGUCUAGAGCAAAGCCCUGUUUCAAUGCACACAACUUGUAAAUUUUAUAGUCUGCAUGCCAUUUCUUCCUCCAGCCUGCCUCUACUCUAAGGGACACUUCCAAAGUCAUACAGCUGGUUAGUUGCAGGCCUGGGGACAAGACCUGGGACUUCUAGCUUGCCAAGGGAGCCCUUGCCCCUGCUCUUCAUGCAUCAACCCAGAUGGUCUUAAGGAUUCCUGAGUUGUCUCCUCCCUGAUGGCGGGAUCCAGGGGCAUGAAGCUAGAGAGUAAGUUCAGAACGGCAAAGAGGAGAAAGUUUAGGACAUAGGGUCUUGGAGAAAAGCUGGGGAGAAUAUUAGGCCUUGCAGACAGUGUCAUUGCCAACAGCUGGGGUGGGAAGCCUGAGGGUAACUGGAAGAAGGGAUGGAUACCCUCCUGCUCCAUAAGCCACAUCCCAACUGUAUGAGCCUCCACAUGGUCCCCAAAUAAACCAAGAAGAUCCCCACCCAAGGGCCUUUGCGCUUGCUGCCCCCUUCCCCGGGACACUCUUCCACUUCUUUGAUGUCACUCGGGUCUCAGCUCACAAGUCACCUUCUCAGAUCGGCCUUCCCUGCCACUUCACAUAAAACAUGCACCCACCCCUAGGUCCCUCAAAAACAGAUCAUGCUUUUGAUUUCCCCUGGAGCACAUACUGUCAUACAAAGUUAGUUUAUUUGUUUACCAGUUUCUUGUCUGCCUUCCUCCAUUAGAUUAUCAGGGACCUUAUCUGGCAUUCCCCCAAAGCCUGGAAGAGUGCCUGGUACACAGGAUUAAGUCUACCCAUAUUGUCAGGAUGAAUAAGCACAUGCAUACAUGAACCGGCGGCAGUCGGGGUGAGCAUAAAGUGGGGUGGGCACAGAGGUCCAGCCUCACUAAGCCAGCUCAGUUCCUCAUGCAAGACCUCUGGCUUUGCAGAGAUAAGAACCUGCUGGGCUUCUGUUAGGCUGACUCACCCUUUUGGAAGCUGGGCCUGGCGAGCCCUGCAUGCGUGUGUGCACGGCAGGCUCUGGCCCUUCCUCUUCCUCUCCCCAGGUAAUCAGGAAGCAAGGAGCAGCUCCACCCUGGGAGGUGCUGGUAGCACACGUUCUGCCUGGUGCUUCUCCUCUCUGCGCAGCAGCUUGGUCUGGAGCCAGAGGCUGGGAGACCUCAGAGGACCGCGGAAUCUACCAGGCCCUUCCCAGGGCUGCAGAGACAGCCUGCCAUCCCUUGGGGAAGAGACCUUGCAAGAUGCAAGCCUUCAGAAUCUGGGAUAUUAACCAGAAGACCUUCUACCUGAGGAAUAACCAACUCGUCGCUGGAUACUUGCAAGGAUCAAAUACUAAAUUGGAAGAGAAGUUAGACGUGGUGCCCAUUGAGCCUCAUGCCGUGUUCCUGGGGAUCCAUGGGGCGAAGCUGUGCCUGGCCUGCGUCAAGUCCGGUGAUGAGACCAAGCUCCAGCUGGAGGCAGUUAACAUCACUGACCUGAGUAAGCACAAGGAUCAAGACAAGCGCUUCACCUUCAUCCUCUCGGAUAGCGGGCCCACCACCAGCUUCGAGUCCGCCGCCUGCCCUGGCUGGUUCCUCUGCACAGCACUCGAGGCCGACCGGCCCGUCAGCCUCACCAACACGCCCCAAGAGGCCACGACGGUCACCAAGUUCUACUUCCAGAAGGACUAGUGGUGGGUCCAUGCCGCACGUCCCCCAUGCCCAGCACACUGAUGACCCCAGAGACGCCUCUCCACCCUGCCCGGGGCCUCCUGGCUGUCGUGGGGGCUCAGAGGAGCAGCCUUGGUGGGGUAGACCUCGGAAGGAUGGCCAAGAGCCCCGGUAACAGGACUCUGUCACCAGCCUCCUCAGCUAAGCAACCUCGAUGCUGCCUCCACGGUGGUCUUUCUAUCGUGCAGCUCAAGCCACCGCACUGCCCCAGGCCUUUCAGCGCUGCCCGUGCCUUCUGGAUGAAAGGCAGGCCGCUCGGCCGCCUGGGCCCCCUCUGCUCUCCUCUCCCUGACUCCUCAGCCUCCUCCCUCGCCCUGUGGCCGCGUCCCAGAUCCCUCACGCCCCUCGCUGGCCUCCCAAACCUUGUUUUGCCAACUGAUGCCGUUCUGUGGGGAAAACUUUUAGAGUCUGUGCCACAAUGGAAGAGAAGGAUUUCCUUUCUCUUUUAAGCCAGCUUCAUCCAAUUUGAAGGCGAGUCCUUUCUUUAGAGACUGUGUCCUUUCUGGAAAGGGGGCGAGGGAGGGUGGAAGGAGCUCUCCCUUUUGAUUUCCCUCUCUUCUUUUUGUAACGCCCUACCCUGCAAAAAUGCGAAGUUAGUGUGUUAUGUUGGUCCCUAGUUUUUUUUUCUUUCUGUGACGUUCCUAAAGUCUGGCCCCCACUGCUCAGGCCAGGCACCAUUUCCACUCCAGACCUUGUACAGUGCCCGCCGCGCUUUUCCUCCCCCAGCUCCCCCAUCAGAAGCUCCCAGCUCCCAGGGCAGCACAACUGCGGCUCCCCUGGGGCUCUUUGCAGGUUUCCUGGGAGGGAGGAAUGGCUCUUGGACCGUUUUAGCCCUUCAGACACCCUGAGACUUGCGCCUCCGUCCGUGUCCCGCCGCAGACUGAGCUCCCGAGAGCAGGGAGCGUGAUGACCCGUGUGUGUUUCGGACCCUCAGCACGUGCUCCGUGAACGUGUGUUCUGUGUGUUGAGCAGAAAGGUUCCUACUCCCUGUGACUGAAGCUGUUUUACAAUAAAAUCUUGAAAACUCA